UCCGUUCGCUCGCUCGUUUCUCUCAUUGCAACUUUUGCAGGCACUCACUCCACAGUCAUGAUCACCAGCUGAAGCCAAGACCUGCAAUUUGGCUCUUUUUUAGAGCCAAACCAGGAUCGAUACCCGUGGAAUUAAGUUGCAGAGAUCCUUUUUUUUCAUGACGCACCGCGGGCCGAUCAUCAAAUUGAAAUUCUGGAUGUGAUUUUUCAUUCUUUUAUCCUUUUUCUCUCCCUGAUGAACUGGGUUAGUAAUGCAGGAGACAGCAGCGAUUCUGUCCGCGGCUCAAGAUGGCAGAUUUUUAUUGAGUUGUGAGCAGUGCUGUCGCUUGAUUUUUUGCCAUGAAUAACAGAAAUCCUUGCACCGAUGGCCCCUGUAUACGAAGAGAGACCGUCGGGUCCUGAGGUUUGCUCUGGCUGUCGUAUAAACCGCAUCUCCAUUGGGGACGUUCACUAUAAUCCCAAACAAAACCAAGUAUGGCCUCGCAAGUGCAAGUCUUCUCCCCUCACACUCUCCAGUCAAGUGCCUUCUUUAGCGUGAAGAAACUGAAGGUGGAGCAGAGUUGUAACUGGGAUAUGACAGGGUACGGCACGCACAGCAAGGUCUACAGUCAGAACAGCAAGCAGAGUGUCUCAGUCGCCCCAGUGGGCAUCAACGCCGCCAGUCUCCAGGUCUCCAACUCUUCUCUGUCCUGCGAACAGGCCCUCCUCUUCCCAGCCGGCUCGGGGCACAUUGUAGUGGCCUCGGCUAGCAGCACAUCUGGGGCAGCUGGUCAGCUGCUAGGCAGCACCGGGAGCAGUGGAAGCGGCAGCGGAGGCCACAACCUGACGCGCCGCAGCACCGUCAGUCUGCUGGACACGUACCAGCGAUGUGGGCUUAAGCGGAAGAGCGAGGAGCUGGACAACAACAACGGCAGUGGAAGCAGUGUGCACGUGGUCGAGGAGCAGCAACUGCCCGCACCCAUGAUACAGAACAACACGCAGAGCGGGGCCACCAUCGCGACCGCGACCGCCUCCACCACGGCGACGUCCAAGAACAGCGGCGCCAACAGCGAGGGCGAUUACCAGCUCUUGCAGCAUGAGGUGCUUUGCUCCAUGACCAACACCUAUGAGGUGCUGGAGUUCCUGGGUCGAGGGACGUUCGGGCAGGUGGUGAAGUGCUGGAAACGCGGCACCAGCGAGAUCGUGGCCAUCAAGAUCCUCAAGAACCACCCUUCGUAUGCGCGACAGGGACAGAUCGAGGUGAGCAUACUGGCGCGGCUGAGCACGGAGAGCGCGGACGACUACAACUUUGUUCGAGCGUACGAGUGCUUCCAGCACAAGAACCACACGUGCCUGGUCUUCGAAAUGUUGGAGCAGAACCUGUACGACUUCCUCAAACAGAACAAGUUCAGCCCGUUGCCGCUCAAGUACAUCCGACCCAUCCUGCAGCAGGUGGCCACUGCCCUCAUGAAGCUCAAGAGCCUUGGACUGAUCCACGCUGACUUGAAACCUGAGAACAUCAUGCUUGUAGACCCAGCCCGCCAACCCUACAGGGUUAAGGUCAUCGACUUCGGCUCUGCUAGUCACGUCUCCAAAGCGGUGUGCUCUACCUAUCUGCAGUCCAGAUACUAUAGAGCUCCAGAGAUCAUCCUGGGUCUGCCGUUCUGUGAGGCCAUAGACAUGUGGUCCCUGGGUUGUGUCAUCGCUGAGCUGUUUCUGGGCUGGCCGCUCUACCCCGGAGCAUCUGAGUAUGACCAGAUCCGGUACAUCUCUCAAACGCAGGGCUUGCCAGCAGAGUAUCUGUUAAGCGCAGGGACGAAAACAACCAGGUUUUUCAACAGAGACCCCGACUCCACCUAUCCUCUAUGGAGACUGAAGACACCUGAAGACCAUGAGACAGAGACGGGGAUCAAAUCUAAAGAAGCUCGCAAGUACAUCUUCAACUGCCUGGAUGAUAUGGCACAGGUGAAUAUGACCACAGACUUGGAGGGCAGCGACAUGCUGGCGGAGAAGGCAGACAGAAGGGAGUUUAUUGACCUGCUGACCAAGAUGCUGACCAUCGACGCAGACAAGAGAAUAACGCCCAUAGAGACCCUCAACCACCCCUUUGUCACAAUGACACACUUGCUGGACUUCCCACACAGCACACACGUCAAAUCCUGCUUCCAGAACAUGGAGAUUUGCAAGCGUCGGGUGAACAUGUAUGAUACAGUCAAUCAGAGCAAGACGCCCUUUAUAACACAUGUAGCCCCCAGCACCUCCACCAAUCUCACCAUGACCUUCAACAACCAGCUUAACACUGUGCAUAGCCAGGCCACCAACCUGGCUCCCUCUUCCACCAGUGCCACCCUUUCCUUUACCAAUCCCGAUGUCUCCAUACUAAAUUACCAAUCUGCACUCUACCAGCCUUCUGCGGCCCCCAUGGCUGCUGUGGCCCCCAGGACCAUGAACCUCCAACCCGGUGCACCACAGCUCUGCGCCGCCCGCCCCGAUCCCUUCCAGCAGGCCCUCAUCGUCUGCCCACCUGGCUUCCAAGGUUUGCAAGCUUCACCCUCCAAACACACUGGCUACUCGGUGCGGAUGGAGAAUGCAGUUCCCAUAGUAACACAGGCCCCCGGUGCCCAACCUCUACAGAUCCAGCCGGGUCUUCUGACACCGCAGGCCUGGCCGUCUGGUACUCAGCAGAUUCUUCUUCCGCCGGCGUGGCAGCAGCUCACACACACCUCCGUUCAACACGCCACCGUCAUCCCUGACUCCAUGACCAGCUCGCAGCCUCUGGCCAACUGGAGGAAUUCACAUCCCCAUGGCAGCCAUUACAAUCCCAUUAUGCAACAGCCAGCCUUAUUGGCAGGUCACGUCGCCCUGCCGUCUCAGCAGCCUCUCAAUGUGGGUGUGGCUCAUGUCAUGAGGCAGCCAUCAAACAAUAACUCCUUCUCCAAAAAGAACAAGCAGCACCAGAUGAACAACAGGAACGUGUCUGCAUACGACGUGUCCUCCACCCAGCCGGUGACGUCACCUCAACGCUCCAAACGAGUGAAGGAGAACACCCCACCUCGAUGCGCUGUGGUUCAGAACGGCCCAUCAUCAACCUGCGGCCCAUCACAGACCUACGGAGGUGGUGGAGGAGGGGGGUGGGGUGGCGAGCAGGCAUGUAGCACCACUCGAGUUCAAAACAACCCACCGCGCCAAACCAUCGUCAUCCCCGACACCCCCAGCCCGGCCGUCAGCAUCAUCACCAUCAGCAGCGACACGGAUGAGGAGGACGACCUUAAACAGCCCAGUAACACCAGCACGUCAUCCAAACAGAGGAAGAAUGUCAUCAGCUGUGUGACGGUCCAUGACUCCCCUGACUCUGACUCCAGCAAUACCAGCCCGUAUGCUGUGGAGUCCCGGCCUAAUGGGCCCAACGGCAAUGUCUACGACCCCAAAGGCACUGUCCUGGACAACUACAGCAACGGGAACCCCCGCACCAUCAUCAUCCCUCCACUGAAGAGCCAAACCAGCGAGAAUCUGAGAGAGUGUGAUAGACUCCUGCCUGAUGCGUUGAACCACCAGAACUCCACCUACAAGUUCAAAACCUCCAAUGGGGGCUUGUCUGGCAACAACCACUCUUCGGGAGGCAUGGCUGGAGGCGUGUCAUACCGGCAGCAGCGCACAGGGCCACACCCCUUUCAGCAGCAGCCUCUAAAUCUCAGCCAGGCCCAGCAGCACAUGGCAGUCGAGCGCAACGGAGGUCACCGGCGGCAGCAAGCCUACAUCACCCCCACUAUGGCCACCCAGGCUCAGUACUCCUUCCACAACAGCCCCACCCACACAGCUAACGUUCAUCCCCACUUGGCUGCUCCUCAUCUUCCCGGGCAGCCACACCUCUACACCUACACUGCCCCCACAGCCCUGGGCUCCACCGGCACGGUGGCCCACCUGGUCGCAUCGCAGGGUUCAGCCCGUCACGCAGUCCAGCAUGCUAGCUACCCGCCAGGCAUCGUCCACCAGGUGCCUGUUAGCAUGGGCCACCGCAUGCUGCCCUCGCCCACCCUGCAUCACGCCCAGUACCAGGCCCAAUUUGCGCACCAGACCUACAUCAGUGCUUCUCCUGCCUCCACUGUCUACACUGGAUACCCGCUGAGCCCCACCAAGAUGAACCAGUACCCUUACCUCUAAAGCUGAAACACUGGAGCCCAGCCAAUCGCUGCUUACCAUUUCUACCCUUAUCCCACCUAGAGACAGAGAGACAUGCUGAAGCCUAUCGUCCCUUAACCCCAUCCCCUUAUUCCUUUCAUGCUUAAACUUGAAGACAAUGAAGACGCCGAUGGAUAGAGGAAGUGUACUCUCGAAGGGAACAGAAGGGUACUGAGGAGUUUUUCUUUAUUUUUAGAUGAGUUCGCCUUCUCAAAACGGCCAGUUAACGUUUUAUUUUGUGAUCUGGAGGUUUUAUUUCUUUUAAAACAGAAGAAGGAGCUUUUGCUUUUGUAGUUUCUUAUACAACAAGGUCUCAUCAACAGGCCGUUUGGGAGAGACAGAGUUUAAUGCGAGGGAGAUUUUAAUUGCUUUUCCCUUUCUUGAAUUCAUUCACCGACAGUUGAGCCGAGGUCACGACGUGGAUGUUUUUAAUUCCUACAAGACUUUUUUUGGGAUAAGGUGAAACACGGAUAUCUGCUGCUCUUCAAAGAAAAAAAAAAAACAUAACAAUGGCCUUGAACUGUCUUAAACGUUUCCAAAUUACACGCGGCGAGCAGUAUUGUGCAUAUUCCGCCGCGCUCUCCGACAAAAAACACCUGGAGGAAUCUUCUGGAAAUGGAACGACAAAACUUUCUAGUGUAUUUAUAGACUUUUUUUUUUUGUUUGUUUGUGUUCACAUAUAGAAAGGAAAAUACGUUUGUCAUACCGUAGAACAUUAGCUGGGCCCCUCUUUGUAGAAUGUAGCAGUCUGCACCCAUUGAUUUCAUGAAGAACCUUUCUGAUACCAAUAGAUUCUUGUUUUUCCUCUUUCAGUGUGAUUGCACAAAGUGGUUACAAUAACAUAGGCAUGUUCAACACGGUAGUCGGUCGUGCGUUUGCGUGCAUGUGUGCGGUCAGCGCAUCUGUGCGACAUAUUCCUCCACAGUCUUAGGUUUAUCAUUGUUACCUCGUAGUGCCUUACAUAUAUUACGACAGUUUACUUGGCUGGAAACCCUCUAGAACCAGAUGCUAGUCAGAGAGUUGGCUCCUAGGUUGAACAUCUUCAUUCGAGUGGUUUCGUGUUUUUUAUUUCUUUUUUUAAGUUGCAGGUGUAAGCGUUAGCCCUGAACAUUAAUUGAAUGCUUCUCGUUUAGCAUGCAUGAGGUCUUCUACAUUUAAAGAUAAAGAUA